AGACUUCAUUUUCACUUUCAAUCUGUAUAAGAAGCUGAUACAUUAAACCUAUCUUUCAUCCACUUAUUACAACAGCUCCUCCAACAUGUUUGAUUUUUAUUCUGUAUUUUCCUCAGAGCUGUGGGGGUGUAAAGUGCAUGCAAGCAACUCUCAUCAUUUUCUCAGCUGUUUUCUUCCACUGUUUUUUUCCCCCAUGUUAAGGAUGUGAGAUCCAGGUGAAAUCCAGCACCAAACCUCUUCCCCCAGGGACGGACCUGCCAGGCCAGUUCAGCAGCACCCAAGGGACAUUUAAGACAAGCUCUCAGGGUCCUGGGGGGCAGCACUGCAGGAACACUUGACGAGCUGGCAGGGUGGCCUUUCCUUUCUUGGUAAAAUUAGUCUCUCAACUCAGGGAAUCCGAACACCUCCAUACAAACCUACGCAGGGUCUCCCCACUGAAAGGCUGCAUAGAUCUGUUUUUAUAUAAAAAGCAUGCAUGUUACAUGCACAGCAAUGCUGCAGCCCCUUAAGAUCAGACAGAGCAGGUUCUCUAUGCCCCAUUAAGAAACCUUAAGCAACAUCUGUUCUGCAAAAGAGCAACAGGUAUCUCGAGUGACCGCAGGUGAAGAAAAGCUGGACUCAUCUGACUUAACAAAGAGCUCAAGUGUCUGGACACCCACGAGGGUGAGUCUCUGUGGGCUCUGAGUCACGUCUCUUGGCUUCACUAUCCCCGGCAGACACACGUAGGGUAAACCUAAAAAGCGGACCAGCAAGCGGAGGACCUUUUAAGCCAGAAAAGGGAAGACUGUUAAGAGGAGAAGUACCCAUCAGAGAAGAGUAACAAAAGGGGGGAGCCACUACUCGUGGACAGAGACUCCACCUCCGCCUGGUGCACAGGCUAGCCAGUGGCCACGGGAAGAUGGGGCAGGGCCAGGACUCUGCCUGUGUCUCCGAAGUCAGGCCUCUAUAGAGCCAUGCUGAGGCACUCGACUGCUCCAAUGCUACGUAGGAAGCAAUUUUUAAGUGACUUUUAUUUACUCCCUGAAUGAAAAAGGCUCAAUAAUCAAUUCUGGCCUCCUUCUUUUAAAAACAUUUAAGAAAUCUGACCCAGGACUGCCAGGAUUUCACCCAGCUUUUAAAAUCCGAGAAGCACCCCGUGCUGCCCUUCUCCUGGGCCAGGUGUUUGUUUUGUAAAGGGAGCCAGCCCUGAAGAAACACUCAGGUUCUGUUUUUCAACCCAUGGGUCAGAAUUGACAAGAAUAAAAUCCUCCAGGGAUGAAAGGGUAACAAAACCUGCCAAGAGACUCUGGUUCAUGUGACUUCAGCAGGAGCCGCAGCAAGAGAAGCAACUGAAGGAGAAGAAAAGCCAGGCAGGGUGCAGACACGCCAGGACCUCCAACCCAUGCGAGGAGCAUCUCUCGGAAGCUGAGAGGAGAACAUUUCAAACCAUGGUAAUAAGAAGGCAUCUGGAGCUCAAAGCAUGAGCCAGCUGCGAGCCACAAAGCCUGGUCUUCUCGUGUGCACAGCCGUUUGCAUCUUCAUUUUUAUUUAUUUAAGGAAUCUGACUCCUGAGGAAGCAGAGGAGGAACCCACCCACCCAGCCGUGGUGGAAUGCGGCUUCUAUCCAGAUGAACUGUGCUCGGCUUUGUUUGAAGGGAAAGAGGCGGCUCCCCAGAUUGCAAAGUUCUGUAGAAACCCUCAUGGAUCUGAAAUACUUGCUCAUUUACACAGACCAGGAAAUUGCUCCAGGAUUUCCCAGGAGUUGCAUUUCAUAACCAAACCCCUGUCUGCAGAGGAAGGCAGCUUCUCUUUGGCAUAUAUUGUAACUAUUCAUAAGGAGCUGGCUAUGUUUGUGCAGCUACUCAGGGCUGUUUAUGUGCCUCAGAAUGUUUACUGUAUUCAUGUGGAUGAAAAGGCCCCAAAGAAGUAUAAGACUGCAGUGCAAUCCCUGGUUAACUGUUUUGAGAACAUUUUUAUUUCAUCAAAGAGAGAGAAAAUGGCUUACACUGGCUUUAGAAGACUACAGGCAGAUAUUAACUGUAUGAGAGAUCUAGUGCAUUCCAAAUUUCAAUGGAACUAUGUCAUUAAUCUCUGUGGACAGGACUUUCCAAUCAAAACCAACAAAGAAAUCAUACACUACAUCAGAAGCAAAUGGAAAGAUAAAAACAUCACUCCCGGAGUAAUCCAGCCACCAAGCAUUAAAUCUAAGACAAGUCAGAGUCAUCUUGAAUUCAGCCCUGAAGGAGACAUCUACGUGUCUCCAAAUGCAGGAUUUAAGGUUGAGCCACCCCAUAACUUGACCAUUUAUUUUGGAAGUGCUUACUAUGUACUAACGAGGAAGUUUGUGGAGUUUGUGCUGACUGACAUCCGCGCAAAAGACAUGCUCCAGUGGUCCCAAGACAUCCACGGCCCAGAGCGACACUACUGGGUGACUCUGAACCGACUGAAAGACGCUCCGGGCUCCACCCCAAACGCUGGCUGGGAAGGAAACAUUCGAGCUGUUAAAUGGAGAAAUAAGGAGGGAACAGUUCACGAAGGCUGUAAAGGCCACUACGUCCAGGACACCUGUGUGUAUGGACCAGGAGACUUGCCAUGGAUCAUUCAAUCACCUUCUCUGUUUGCCAACCAAUUUGACUCGACCGAGCCUCUUGUGGUCUCCUGCCUGGAGCGGUGGCACAGGCUCAGAGUUCUCAGGCAGGCAGAGGGCCCUGUGGAGGCACACUGGCAUUUCCAACGGGAGAGCCAUUUUAAUACGGAACUGAACCGCUGAGUCGAAAGUUAUAGAGACUGCUUGCUUGCUUAUUGGUAUCAUUCUGUUUUCUUGACUUGAAAUCAGAGAACAUUCAACCAAAAAAGAAUGGAAAAAUAAUUCCUUGACAGAAGUUAGUCAUAAAAUGAAUUUAGAAACUUGCUACUGACAAAGACUCUGCUGUUGGUGAUAAGCCACUUUCACAGUUUAGAGAAAGAAAUCACAAGAGAAAAAAUAAUUCAAAGUUCCACUGGUGACUAGAUAAGUGACAUGGAGGCCUGACUGCCUCACUAAACAGUUAAUGGAAAUCAAGAUUCUCCAAGCACUUAGAUCCAGGCUCAAGUUAGAGUAAGAAUGUAUCUUGUCUUAAAGAUACUAUUGUGUAUGAGAUUCUAAUAAAGAACAAACUCCCACUGAGCUUCUAGCAGUCCUCCAGUUUGGCUAGAAACAAUGUAACUCUGUUCUAGAAAUCCUAGAAAAACAAGGAAGAGUCUAAUUCCUUUGGGUAAAAGGAAAUUAUGGAGUUGAAACAUAACUUAUUACAAAGGCUGCCCCCAAGUUUCUGUGGGCUUGCAGCUGCGAUGAUGGGAUGGUCUGUAUCUAAGCUGCCUAUACCAGUCACAACCACAGGGAGCGCUGGGCAUCUGAAAUGUGGUUGGAGUGACUGAUCAAGUGAACAUUUACUUUAAAAACUUUAAUUAAUUAAAAUGUAAAAAGUCACAUGUAGCUGGUGGUUACAGAACAGCACAGGUCAAAGGUGUGGAUGGUCUUACUUCUCUCUACUCAAAGAUCCAAGUCUUUCAAAAAUCCACAAAUCUCUGUUGUUUUGUCGAGGACUUUUUAUAUACUCUUUCAAAAAGAGCCCACGGCAUCAUACAGGGCUGCUGCUGCUGCUAAGUCGCCUCAGUCGUGUCUGACUCUGUGCGACCCCAUAGACGGCAGCCCACCAGGCUUCCCCGUCCCUGGGAUUCUCUAGGCAAGAAUACUGGAGUGGGUUAGAAACAUACAACUGUUAAACAGCACAACUUAAAACAACUAAAAUAAGGGAAAAGUAGGAACCACAGGACAGGACACUAAAGAAAUAAACAUAUAAUUCAAGGAUAAAGCAUACCCUUUAGUGAACUGACACUUCUCAAACGCAGAAACUAAAUGAGAUUCCACUUAAGUCAAUGCAAAUAGCCCUUGAAAAGCAUGGAACUACACAGAAGGAAAAGAGUCUCUGAAAGCAGAGUCUGCAAAUCAAACUUGAGCUAACCAUAGCACAUUGAAUUUCCAUUGAAACAAAUAUUUCUUCACCAAACAUACGUGAUUCCAGGGAAAGUGCACAACAGAAGGUUAAGACCAUCAGAGAACGUGAGCGCCCCAGCCAGCCUGCUUACAGGCAGACACGGAGUUGAUGGUCAUGGUCUGAGUGGUUGUUCAGAAAGCUCAGGUUCACCACAAUCUUGUCCCUUACAUUUUAUAACAACUCUUUGCAAGUAAGUGCAAA